AUAUACCAUUAAGCUCCCCAAGCUUUCUACAUGUCCAUGGAAAUAUCGAAACACUUGGCCAUGACUUCCGUAUAAGAACCCUCCACUUUACUCUUUUCUCCAGGAUACCAUAUAUAUCUCGAAGAGAAAGACAAGUCCUUCUGUAGGAGCCAUGGGAACCGAACUAGACAUAGCAUAUGGCUACAAAACCAGGCCUUCAUCUCUCUUGAGCUCCAUUUUCAUGUCCACGGUGAACGCAGCGGCGAAGACGCUCGUUUCGGUGGCGAAAACUGAACAGGCGAAGUGGAAGGCCUCGGACCAUUUGCGCUUUGUGGUCAUGCUAAUGACUUGGGUCGCUCUGUGGGUUCUCAGGGUUCUCAUGGAUUACUUCCCUUGCUCUGUAGGCUUUUCUCCUCAAUAUCUCCUUUCAGGCUUCUCGUCCGUUGGAUCAUUGGACUUGUCAUCUUCAUCAUCGUUAAUGCCUUCCUUUCCUUCGUUGGAUUUGAUUGUUCAUGAAGAACUUGAUGGACCGUCCGUCCAAGCCCUUGGCAGAGCACUCCAACAAAUCCUUGCGCUCCUAAACGACAUCCCGGCCACAUCCGGGAAAUACCAAUUUGCGUUGGCAAUGGCUGAAAGGAUAAUGGACGAGAACGCCAGAUAUGGACACGCGGCGCUUCUCCAGAUCAAUCGGAUGGCCCUCGCUUCGGCAUUCGCGCGUACGUCAAACCUUCUACACCGCACUCUCGAACGCACACAAGCAGAAGACGACGAGGAUGCCAACUCUGGCGCGUGGACCACACGUGUGAUUCGGGCGCUUCCAAUGGGGAAUUACUUGACCUCCUACAUGAAAGGGUUCGGCGUUUGCGUAAAUGCCAUAAUGUCUACUGUGGCCAAUGCUGGCACGUGUCAGUUACAGAAGAAGAGGCAACCGGAGGUAGCCAGUGAGAGGGAGGUGGAGGAGCUGAUGGCGGAGAAGCUGGCUCAGGAGCUUCUGUGGAUAACGACGAAGCUUAGGGAUUAUGGAGCCGUGGAUGAAGCUUUGGUGCAAUGGAGCUUUGCCUCUGGUCUAGCCCCCCUCUCUCUCAGUGCUAAUGUUAGGGUCCAAGGCUUCAUGGUCAAGAUCUCAGCCAUAUUAUGUGGAGAGCUAAGGGGUGAAGAAAUAUCGAGCCAAGUGAAGUUCAGGUUGCUUAUGUUUUGGCUUCCUUUAUUUUGUCAUGCAAGCAACGGGCUGGUGUAUCCUGUCUUGACAAGGUUCGAAAAGACGGAAGUAGAGAGAGCAAUCGAUGAAGUACUGUCCAGCUUGCCGGCCGGGGAUCAAGAAGUCAUCCUCACAAAUUGGCUGCAAGAUUUUGCCAUAGCUGCUUCUGAUUGGCCGAAUCUCCAAUUUUCUUACGAUCGGUGGUGCCAAUUUAGUCGUAAAGUUGUUACAUAAUUAAAUUUGUGCAAACAUUUAUAUAUCGAUCUGGAUCGGAGGUCCAAAUCAAAUUAAAUAACGACUGCAUGCAGUCAUAUUGUGUGUUUUUCUUUUUUCCUUCUGUGUUAAUGUUAUGUCUUCAGGACACAUAAAAAGUUUGUCUAGCUACCAUUAUUAGUGCAUAUAUGUACACUCCUUGUAGUAG